CUUGUCUCUGACCACCGUCUUUCCGGACGUCCUUCUACGCCAUCUGCUCUCCUCUCUAUUCUCUCUGAUACCGGAAGAACAUGUCGUCCGAAGGCGCAAGCAACAACGAGCGGCUCAUGGCAGCUGCGCGCGACGACAACGUAGAGAUGCUGCUGGAGAUCUUUGAGCAGGGAGGCUUCGACAUUAAUUACCAGGAUGGAUUGGGAAACACAGCCCUGCACGUCGCUGUAUCGCACGGCUCGACGGACGUCCUCGAGCACAUCCUCUCGCAUGAAGAUUGCGACGUUGACCCAAUCAAUCGCAUCGAGAAGGCUACACCACUACAUCUCGCCGUUCAGGUAGAUCAUCCUGAGCUGCGCAAAUACCUGGUGGAAAGCCUUCUGGAGGCAGGCGCGGAUACGAGGAUCAAGGACAAGAACGGGGAGACCGCGCUCGACUUGGUCCCUACGGAUGACACGGAGACGCGGGCAUUGUUCAGAAAGGCCGCAGCAGAGAGGAGCAGGGCAAGGGAGGAGGUCGUCGAGAGCGAUGACGAUGAGCCUGGAUCAGGCUCUGGGUCAGAGUCCGAGUAGAGGACAGGCUCGACUCGCUAACCUCGCAAUCCAUGCGACGAACGGCGCACAUAACAUACAUUAUUGGAUAGGUAAUAUAUUCAAGAGGAACUGCUGCAGUCUACACAU